AUGGGAGUGUCCCACCAGAUUGCAGGGGCAAGAAAACAGAGCCCAAUCCACCGAAUCAGGAAAAAAAUGCUCCCACAUAUGUGGCAGAAUCUACAAGUUACGAGGUCGCGGAUUAAAUGUUUGCUUCGACCUCCUGAAGUUUCAAUGGGUGAGAAGGCCAGGGCACUGCGACCUCGAGUGAAGGCAGCGGGAAAGGGUUUAGAGCGCUACCGUGCUCUCGCUUUGCAUACCACCUCAUGUAUUUUGCGCGGGAAAAUAACACGGAAGUUCCUGCUGAGUGAGAGAAAGGAUAAUGAGCGUCGACGUCAGCUUUACUGCACUUUUAUUGAGAGAAGGCAGCGAGCACCGGAACCAGUCCAAGAUGGCGUCCCUCGCAUUCCAUCGACACCUCCUGUACACCCACAACUGCAGCGUCCUGGACGCAAACAGCCGAUGACACAAGAGAGUGUCCCAUCUGUGCAGCUGUGUGCUUUUCACAAGGCUGUACACCGUUGUGUAGGUGGCAAGGCAUCACAUUGUCGUGGAGUGUCUGAGCAGAGCUUGUCAGCAUCAGGAGGGCAUUCGAUAGAAACUGCACUGCAGCAUAACCUUCUCUUCCAGCAAUUUUCCUGCCACGCCGCAGAGAAAGCUGAUGCUUUACCAGAGAGCGGCUGCUGUACACAGAAGGACGCAUCGCCAAGAGUUGCCCAUCAAGGAUUGUCGUCACUUCCAAACCCCCGUACGCCCGAAGUUAAUGUAGAGGAAAGCUCCAUAGCCGGCGCAGAGAAGCCCGACCCCGUUCAUAUCAGUCCUACCAACGAGUUCAAGCAAGUCUUAAAAACAUGGAAGUCCAAGGAACUCCAAGCUGCAGCUUAUAGGAAAAAGGGCCCUAUGGAGCAGAUACAAGGCGUGAAAGGGACCGGCAACUCCAAUGGACACGUGAAUAAAUCAGGCCACGCAGGCAACCUCCAGCGAGCAGCAGAUGAGCCACAGGCAAUAGAAGGCAAUAAGCCAAGAGCAACGAACAAACCUAAACCACCAGCAGCGGCAGAAGCGACUAUAGAGUUAACCCCAAAUGCGGCUUCAAAAUCUGUAUCACAGGCAGCCUUUGCAGAACCAUCAGAAGCAACACCAGCGGAUGUGUUGGCAGCAGAACCUGGGGGACAAAGCCUUCAGAACUCCCGGACCAGUGACUAUCGUGAGACUAUCGGGCUGAAGGAGGCUGUUCCUCGUAAGCCGGAGUCAUUACAAAGCACGACAGUGCUGCAAAAGCUGGGUACAAACCCAUUUGAAGCAACUGAGCAUAGUAAUCGCCAAACCAGCGGGGAUGAGUCAGCUACAAACGCUGAAGUGGCAGACAAUGAUAAUAGAAAAGCUAAUGGAGCCGUAAGCAUUAUGUUGGAAGGCAAAGAGACCCUAACAGCUUGUAAGAGACUCUGCGAAGAAGAAUACGGUGAAGGACACUUGAGGAAGCUAGAGCGAGAGCAAGGGGCAUCAAAGGUGUUGCUUACAAGCGGCAUUGGCGAAGAGGCGCAGCAUAAAACCAGUGCAACCGACAGUCUUGUCGAGGUGCUCCCUACGAAGUGGGAAAUUUUCACUCUGUUUCUUGGUUCCCUAUUCAUAUACGUGUUGAUAUUUCUCUGCACGCGAGAGGUUUCGCAUGCGAUAUUGCUGCUCUUCUGCUGCCUCUUUGGGCUUAGGAUCCGCAUGGAAGGUAGCGGCAGCAGCAGCGGAGGCAGCUACACUGCUCUGUGGCUGCUAGUGCUGCAGCUUCUUGUGCUUGUGGCCAUGUGCAUUAUUAGCCUUGUGAAGCAAACAGCCAACGCAGGAGAACUGCUAAAGCAGCUUGAGAAUAAUAGACUCUAUGAAGCCGAUAUUCGCAUCAGUAAGUUCUCAGAAGUCGUUCCUUCCCUCUGCGCAGCUUACUGUUGCGCGGGUUCUCACGCACGAAAAAUGAGGAAAAGUGCUUCGCUGAUUCGCGCCAGAAAACCCUUCAGUUGCAAAGACAGUGUUCGGCAGCACAUGCUUAGCGUAGGUACUGUGCUUUGCUUGUGA